UUUACUCAGCCUUAGUUCUUCUGACGACUGGCCGCAUUUCUCACCCACCAUGUCCUUUACACUUAUUGUCAUGAUGAUGCUCCUAGGCUCUUCAGGGGUAAAGACCUUUGUGUUGGAGCCUACAGCCUCCGCUGUCUCCCAUCCCAGGUGCCAGGAUCAGUCUUUGGAGACCAUCAGGAAGAGUCUCCUUGGGGCGCUCAACCUGCAGACUGAGCCAAGAAUCCCUGUUGGAAUGGUGGACAGCAUCAGAGUGCAAUGGCAGAUAAGCCUCAGCGCCAUGUCCCAAGACACUACCGCUCCAGCUCCGGCGCUCUCUGUGUCGCCUGACAGUGGAAACAGCGCAGAGCCGAAGUGCUGCACCACGACCUCAGAGAUCUCCAUGAAAGAUCUGGGCUGGGACAACUGGGUGAUUCAUCCCAUGAGCUUGACCACUGUUCAGUGUGCCCUCUGCAAUCAUGCAGACAGAACUGCAGAGUGUCCAUCAUCCCGCUCCACUGCCCAGGACGCUAACUCGCAGGGCAAGCUGCCGUGCUGUCAGCCCACCUCCCAGGAAAUGGUGCCCAUCGUCUUCAUGGAUGAAACCAGCACUAUUGUCAUUUCCUCUGUGCAGCUGAUGCGCACCUGCGGCUGUGAACCUGGGAAUGAACCUGGGCAGCCUGCCAACGAAUAGGGGGAGGUUUGUCCUGCAGUCCUGCAAGUGGGACACAAGGAACCUGGCUUAUCCAAAGUAUAUACCUAUCUUCUUUGUUAUAAAGACCUGUACAGCUGAUUGUUUCUCUAUCUUCAACUCUUUGCCUGUGUGUUUGGCACUGGUCGUGGGAACCGAACCAGUUUCAGUUUUGCAUUCCUGCUGCCCUGCUAUGAACGGAUUUGUUGAGCCUGCCGGUUAUGAAACAUCAGCGCUUGUUUGGCUGGACUUAAAUCAUCAAUAACUGACACACGUAGAUAAAUAAAGAACUGCUUUUUUUUCUGUAGGUAAAUUUAAGUUCUCUGGCACCAGGGUCUGGAAAUUACUUACUGGAAAGCAGCUGUCAUGUAGGUAAGAAAAAUGGUAUUGGCCUCUCCUUAAAUAAAUCACAUGAGAGCAGGUCACUAUUUAUAGCUGCUAGCUGUUACUGAGUGUUCCCUCCAAAAAUGUGUGACUGCUCUGUGCCAGAUCCUCUCAGAAGCCAGUUUGCUUUUCACUGAUGUCCUCUAAUGGCAAAUAAUUUAAUGCAUCCUCAGUAGGGGCAGUGGAAUCGGUCAAAUGAGGUUGUAAUUAUGCAGAGACUUGCUGUUGCAAGUGUUAACCAUUAAAGACUUUGGAUAAUUUUCAAAAUUUCUAUAUGUAGAAACAUUUCAAACAUUCUGCAUUUGUAACCUCUUUAAAACUUGCCCGAGGACGUUUAAAAGAGGGCAGCAGAUUUGUUUAUAAUGAUGUCUUGUCCCAGAAAUUCUACCAUAAUGUGUGCAAAAUAAACAACCUGCAUGUAAAACUUGGCAUCAUGUUUUUAAUUUUUUAUUUUGGAUGAGAACAACACAUGUGCUCUGGUUCUGUCUCAGCAAUCCUCUGUUUGCAAGUUUGAACUGGUUUAUAAUGUCAGUCUCAUCUCUGUUUGUUGCAAAUAGAGUGAAAACCAAUCAUGUGGGUUUUUUCUUCUUUUUUUGUACGUUCCUAAUCUUUUUCUUGGGCGGGUGCAUUUUUCAGCUGUGAAACGAAUUUCUUUGACAUAAUAUUGUUUUCAUUUUCAUCAUAUGCUCUUGCUUACUUUAUAGUGUUACUUCACACUAUUUGAGUAUUUUAUAACAAGUACUCUAUUGUUAUGUUUAAUCAUUACAUUUAGACCAACAGCGAUGCACUGCUUUGUCAU